UUUGUAUCACUAGUUGCGCCCUUUAAGCGACGCAAUAAACACCUGAUUUAUUCUUUUGAUAAGGGAUCAAAGGUUAUUUUUCAUGGCCCGGUUUCCGAAACGUUUCACGUUCGUCCUCCAUUUAGACUUGGCCGGGCGCGGAUGUGAUGGUCGCAUUUCACGCUCCAUCGAAACGUACUUGCCAUAAGCAAUACUGGUACUAAUAACCGUUCGUAAAAAGCCGCGGUGCAAUGUGUUGUGAUCGAAAACCGAACCCUUCAGUUUGGAGACUAGCAUAAUAGAAACUGCGAAGCUCCCAUUUUGACAAACGUUGAACACGCACUGGUUAUGUUCUACCAUCUUGCUCGACAACAACUGCCAGAGACACCGACUCGACCCUGGUGCGUACUCAACUUGCAUCUGGACCACAUCAUGGAGCUGUUCUCAUGCACUACCCUCGUACUUGCUCUCCUGAUCUUAUUUGCUGCUUUGCUGUUUUCUGGGUUGCUUUUUGUGAUGGUGUAUUUGACAUAUCUCCACCGCAAGUUUGCCCACAUCCCAGGCCCGAAAAGAGACAGUUUCUUUACAGGAAACCUGACGAGUUUACGAUUGCGUGUGCAUAAAGGCAGUAACUUACCUGAGUACUUGUAUGACCUGAUGAAAGAAUACGGUGCAGUGUAUCACAUAUUUUUGAUUCAUCGCCCUAUUGUCUUGGCCCUGGAUGCGCCAUUUCACAAGGAAAUCUUUACUACAGUGGCUCACAUUAAACCCAUCAGUGGCUACAGAUACCUUUGCAGUGUCUUGGGAACAAGGUUUUUGGGGAACGGCCUCAUCACAGAAACCGUUCCCACUAAGCACGCCAAGCGACGGACACUCUUCAAUCCCGCUUUCCACAGGAAAUACUUGAUAAGCCUGAUGGACCAGUUCAACUUCAGCGCAGACGUGCUAGUGAACCGACUUGUCACACUAGCAGACGGGAAGACCGAAGUGGCGAUGCUGGACGAGUUUAAUCGACUCACCCUGGAUGUCAUUGCCAAAGUGGCAUUUGGUCUUCAGCUGAAUAUUACCGAGGAAACAGAAUCGCCCUUUGUCAGAGCAAUGACUACUACGCUGCAAGGCAUACAAAUUUCAUUCAGAGCUCCCUGGAAGGAAUUCAGCCCACUUCCGUCAGAUCGCCAAUACCGGCGACAGGUUGCUGAGGCUAUCACAUUUCUUCGUGAGACGGGCAGAGAGUGUGUGAAGCGCCGGCUGGAGGCUAAGAGGAGAGGGGAAGACCUCCCUCAAGAUAUCCUGACUUACAUCCUCCAAGCCUCGGACGACCUUGAAGGAGACGAGAACUUCAAGAUGGAGGAGAUGUUGGAUGAAUUUGUCUCGUUUUUCUUGGCAGGACAAGAAACAACGGCCAACACCUUGGCCUUUGCCCUCGUUGAGCUUGGUCAUCAUCCGGAUGUCAUGCACAGAUUGAAAACCGAAACCCUGGCAGUGAUGGGAGACAGUGACUACGCUGAAUACUCUGACCUCGGCAAGCUAGACUACAUGAUGAUGGUGUUGAAGGAGACGCUGCGAUUAUGGUCUCCAGCUUUUUCCACAAGCCGUGAACUCGCGUACGACGUUGAAGUACGAGGUUACAAAAUACCAGCUGGAGCCACGAUCUGGCUGAAUUCCUACGUCAUGGGAAGAAAUGAAGAGUAUUUUCAGAACGCACUUGAGUUCGAUCCGGAUCGAUUCAAGAGCAACGAGGACCAGACCCAGUAUGCGUACUUUCCGUUUUCAAAGGGACACCGUUCUUGCAUCGGCCAACCAUUCGCUCUGAUCGAGGCCCGAGUUAUCCUGGCCAAAUUACUGAAGAAGUUCAACUUCAAACUAGUUCCUGGUCAGGGAUUCGAGAUACUGCAAGAGUUAACACUAAAGCCGAAGGGCCGAUGCAAGAAUUACAUCACGCUCGCCGAGUAAGACCGAGAGCAGAGUCGAAUAAAGCACUGAGUAAAAAAGAAAUAAAUAACGGCAAUUUUGGAAUUAUAGCCAUAGGGGACCGUCUGGUCUAAAAAGAUCUGAUUAUGUUUAUAUUGCUUGCAAACUGUUUACUGUUUGUGUUUGUUUGUUUGUUUGUUUGCUUCUUCACUUUGGGCCAAUCACAAAUCUCAAUGGAGGAUUUACAUACACGAGUAACCUCGUCAUUUUCAGAAACACAGUGGGAAUUACAGAUUGAAACAAUAUUUUAAUUCACACAGUUUUUUUGCAAAAGGCUGGUUAAGGUUUUAAUUAAUUGGGCAUGUAGCAAUGUACUGAAUUACAAGUACUUCACAAUAUUUCACAUGAACACUUCAGUUUAUGGAAUUUAAGAAUACAGUUUGACCAACUUUAUUUUUCCUUGAUCUGCUCGUAUAGUAUAAGCUUUUUAUAAGUUUUUAUAAUUUUCACGUUUUAGUCGAAAACUACUGUAAUCAUUUGAACUUACGAUCUUGCGCUAUGCAGUUGUAUAUCUUCGACAUCUGUGUCAGCUAGAUAAUAAAAGCAGCUUAUGACCCUGGAUACUUUAUUGAUGCUGUGAAUUCAAAGGGAGGGCUGUGUAAAAAUCAAUAAAACAGCGUUCUUUGUCAA